CUACAAGAUAGAAAUUAGAUGGAGAUAUUAUUGCGCGGGUCCCAUCUCCUUCCCCCACGUCCUUUCAUCCUUAUCCAUCCUUGAUCCUUCCCCCAUUUCCCAUUUUUUUCACCCGCUGUAAAAUAGUUUACAGUAUAAUGGUCUUAUUUUAACUGUCCCCUUGACAGAUAUUUCAGCUCCCCAAAGCCCAAAAGCCUCUAUAUAUUUCACCCCCAGAACCCACUCAGCCAUCAGUCCACCACACUCAAGACACUAAACAAAGGAAAGAAGAAGAGAUCAGGAGCCAUGGUUCUGCUGGAUAAUAUGUGGGACGACGUCCUGGCCGGACCUCAGCCGGAGCGCGGCCUCGGCCGGCUCCGGAGAAUCAAACCCCUCAACGUCGAUGGAGAAGGGGCGAGCACCACCACCAAGUUCCAGAAGUCGCUGUCCAUGCCGGCGAGCCCGUCGACGCCGGUGACUCCCGGCACGCCGGGAAGUACUCUCCCGAAGGAGAACGUGUGGAGGAGCGUGUUCCAUCCCGGGAGCAACCUCGCCACCAGGUCCAUCGGCGCUCAUGAGCUCUACGACAAGCCCUCUCAGCCCAACUCUCCCACCAUCUAUGACUGGCUUUACAGCGAGGACACGAGGAGCAAGCAUCGCUAGAUGAUGAAAGAUGACGAUGUUGAGGAAUUGACGUGUCGAGGUGGCAAGAUUACUACUACUAUGAUGAGCUGAUAUGAAUGGAUGAGAAACGUUAACUGAGAUCCUGUCCAGUACUGCUAUAUGUAAAUAUUGUCGUUUUGUCUUUUGUGGGGUGCUGCUGCUGCAUCCGUUUUCUGAUGGUUUGCUUUGAAAUGCUUUCCCAUAACCAACCACCACUAGUGUUGUACUACUGCCGUUACUACUUUUAAGGGUCUUGUGUGUGCGAGAGAACAUCUUGUUGUGAUCCUACGAUAUAUGAAAAGUAAGAUCCUUGGUGUGUUUGUAUUGUUGUACAUUCCGAACUAAUGAACGUGAGAUUGAUCUAAUGGUCCUAUCGCGCUGAUCUUAGGUUGAAGAUCUUAAGAAGGUUCAAUUUCGAUAGUAACUGAUCAUAUGAUAUACGAAAAGUAAUUAAGAUCCUAUA